GCCAAUGAAGAGAAACCAGUAUAGGAGAAAUAUGAUCUCUCUUGCUAACUCCCGUCAGUACUCUGGCUGCAGCAUUUUGGAUCAGCUGUAGAUGUUUCAGAGAGCUUUUGGGACAACCUGAUAAUAAGGAAUUACAGUAGUCAAGCCUAGAAGUAACAAAUGCAUGGACUAGUUUUUCUGCUGAUUUUCACAAUAUUUCUCAGGUGGAAAAAGGAAGUCCUACAGAUUUAUUUUAUGUGUGAGUUAAAGGACAUGUCCUGGUCAAAGAUAACGCCGAGGUUCCUCACAGUAGUACUGGAGGCCAAUGUAAUGCCAUCCAGAGUAACCAUAUGCUUUGAAAGCAAUUUUUUAAGAUGUUUGGGGCCAAAUACAAUGACUUCAGUCUUGUCUGAAUUUAGUAGUAAGAAAUUAUAGGUCAUCCAGGUCUUUAUGUCCUUAAGACAGUCUUGCAGUCUGGCUAGCUGAUUAGUUUCAUUUGGCUUCAUAGAUAAAUACAAUUGAGUGUCGUCAGCGUAACAAUGGAAAUUAAUACUGUGCUUCCUAAUAAUAUUGCCUAAAGGAAGUGUUAGAAGAAAACUGUAUAUAAUGUACAUAGUUGUCACACUCAGUAUGUUUUUCCUGUCUCUGUAGGCUCUUAUUCAGUAGCUCCUAUUCAGCAAUUUUCCACUGUGACUUAUGACCUAUAUUUUGUUUUUCUUGUGACUAUCUAAAUGUUCUUACACGAUGUGCUGAACUAUCUUCAAGGUUGUACACGAAGUGCUGAACUAUCUAAAAUGUUCUUACUAUCUGUUCUGGCUCCAUAAGAGCCACUUAUAUAUAUAUAUUUUUUGUGUGUGUUAAAUUUGUUCAUAGAGACUAUUUGUUUCGUUGUGAUGGUUCGGCACUGUCCGUUUAUUUUGGUGGGACACCGGAACUGAUGCUGCCGACCACUUCCUGUCUAACAGAUAGACAACAUUCAACGGCUAAGAUUCUCUUGUACCUGCCACCCUGGGUUUUAAGCCAGCACAGCCUGUAAGUUGCUGAAAUGAUAUAUUUUGCAAAUGUAAGCAUAGUACUAACUGCUACGAUUUGUUUGAGAUAUUUCAUGCCAGUAAUUUAUACAAAAUGUGUUUCAUGAGACGUUAGCACCGACGCUAGUUAGCCGUUCGCUAGCGCUAGCCUGUUAGCCCGUUAGCCUGUUUUAGAUGUGCUCUGCUGUGUAUAGUAGUAGGGAUUCAUUCUUUACAUAUCAGCUUAUACACAAUAUUCUGUUUCUUGUUUACAGUUUUACCAUUCAUUCACUCAUUCAUCAAAAUUCAUGCCAUGCAUCCUGCAAAUAAACAGGCGACAAAAGGAACAACGGUGUGAUUUUUGAGGUGACGGUUAUCUGCCUACCUAGCUUAGUGCGAGGGCAGGACAGUAAAAAGGCUAGUGAAACGGCUACACCAGGAGGUACAGCGCUCAGCCUUCCAGGCUUCAGACCCAGAAGCAACGAUGCUGCCAGCGGAGGAGGAGCACCUCGAGGUCCGGUCUACCUGCUCCAGCUCAUCAUCCAGAUCCCGCAGCUCACUCACCGAAGCAGCAGUUGGAGCACGAGCAAAAGCUGAAGCAGCACGCACCAGAGCUGAGUUUGCACGACGGGAGAUAGAAAUUAAAAUGAGACAAGCGGAACUAAGUGCCACAUUAGAAGUGCUAAAAGAAGAAAAGGAAGCAGAGGCCGCUUUCGCUGAAGCCAGUGUGUUUGAAGCAGCAAUAGCAGAGGAGGUGAACCGGGAAACGCUGUCAACACAUGCAUCAGAAAAACAACAUGGGGAAUCAAGGCAAGGUCAAGAUAAAAUACAGCCCAAACUGACCUCUCAUAUGCUAAACCAGCUUCCAGCUUCAACACAUUCAUAUGGACUACAAAGCUAUCUCAGAUAUUCACCAGACCAUCACGGUGAAGACUUACCAGACGCUAAACACUUCACACCCAUAAAACAAUGUGCCAUAAGCCCAGUUCCUAAUCCAGCUGCUUCACCAGAUUGUGUCCCACAAACAAAUCAACACAACAUUAAAGAUGAGUCUGGUUGCCCCAUAUUGCCAGCUGCCACCACCCAGCACCAAUGUGAGUAUGUGAGUUCCCCACACCAAUGUAAGAGCUACCUUUCCCCUUUCAGUCCGCCCUUCCAGCCAAUGCAACAUGACAAUGGGAACAGUGACUUUGCAAGUGUUGCUAAAUUUCUAGCCAAAAGAGAUUUAGUCGCAAAUGGUUUAACAAAGUUUACAGACAGGGCAGAGGACUACUGGGCAUGGCGAGCUUCCCUUUAUAAUGCUAUAGAGGGGUUAAGCUUAAAGCCUAGUGAAGAAUUAGAUUUGCUCACUCGGUGGCUUGGUGAAGAGUCAUCCAAACAUGCCAAACGCAUACGCUCCGUCCAUCUUAACAAUCCAGCGGAGGGCCUUCAACAAGUCUGGACACGGCUACAAGAAUGUUAUGGCACUCCAGAGGUUAUUGAGAAGUCUCUCCUUGACAGACUCGAACGCUUUCCCAGAGUUUCAAACAAAGAACCCCCAAAACUCAGAGAGCUUGCUGACCUACUGUCUGAAAUUGACGCAGCCAAAUCUGAUGGCUCUUUACCCGGGCUAGUGCAUUUGGAUACCUCACGUGGCAUUGCUCCAGUUGUUGAUAAGUUGUCAAUAAAUCUUCAAGACAGGUGGAUGUCAGAGGGAACAAAAUACAAGCAAAGACACAAAGUGAGUUUCCCUCCAUUUUCAUUCUUCUGUCGCUUCAUACAAGAUGAAGCUAGAAUGAGAAAUGAUCCCAGCUUUAAGACAGCCACCUCAGCUCCCAUGUCCACUCCAGCAACUCAUGACAACCACUACAUAAGAUCCAAGUCCAGACCCCCUGUUGCUGUCCAUAAAACAGAGGUAAACAAGACUCACAAAACAAACACAGUUAAUGUAAGUGAGUUCACAAACAAGCAGUGUCCAAUUCAUAAGAAACCGCACUCACUAAAAAAGUGUAGGGGUUUUAGAGGAAAGACAUUAGAUGAGCGCAAAGCAUAUCUCAGAGAACACAACAUUUGCUUUAGGUGCUGUGAUUCCUCCACUCACCAAGCUAAAGACUGUAAAGCAGAAAUCAAAUGCUCAGAGUGCAACAGCAACAAACAUAUUGCUGCACUGCAUGCAGGGCCUGCUCCAUGGACACAAAAUACAAGGGCUCAAAAUACUACUCCAGACCACGGCGGGGAGCAUGGGGAGGAGUACGGCGAGGAGAGUAAUCCAGACAAUUUAGAGACCAGCUCAGCAUGCACUAAAGUGUGUGGGGACCUAAUUGGUGGGCGCUCCUGCUCAAAAAUAUGUCAGACCUACAUCUAUCUACAGGGGCAUCCAGACAGGAAAGUCAAGGUUUACGCUAUCAUAGAUGACCAGAGCAAUAGGUCAUUAGCCAAGUCAAGCCUUUUCGACAUGUUUGACAUUCCGAUGAGCAAUCUAGCGCCAUACACACUGAAGACAUGUACUGGGGUUUCCAUGACAAAUGGUCGCAUAGCUGAGAACCUCAUUAUACAGUCAGUUGAUGGCCAGUUUAGCUCUCCUCUUCCCUCCCUGCUUGAGUGUGACUCACUCCCAGAUAACAGGGCCGAAAUACCAACACCAGAGGUCGCUCUAGCCCAUCCGCACCUCAAACGUCUGGCAGGCCAAAUUCAACCACUUGACCCUGAGGUUGAUAUUAUGUUGCUGUUAGGCCGAGACAUAAUCCAAGUGCACAAAGUGCAUAAAGGAGUCAAUGGCCCAGCUAAUGCCCCGUUUGCCCAGAGACUUGCACUUGGGUGGGUUAUUAUAGGGGAUGUAUGUCUAAGGGGUGCUCAUAAGCCAGCUGUUGUGGGCUCACACAGAACCAGUGUUCUUGAGAAUGGGCGUCCAAGUCUCCUACCACCUUGCCAGAACAGUUUCCAUGUCAAACAGCAGAACCAGUCACACAACAAGCUCUGGGACACUCAGAGUUCAUGUCAAAUAGGGGAACACAUAUUUCAGCAAAGUGAGAAGGAUGAAAAGCUUGCACUUUCUUAUGAGAACCAAGCCUUUCUGCAGAUUAUGGAAAGAGACUUUUACCAAGACAACGCAAACAGCUGGAUAGCUCCACUUCCUUUCCGCACACCAAGAACCCGCCUCCCAAACAACAGAAGUCUAGCACUCAGCCGCUUAGAGUCACUCCGCCGCACACUAAAGAAACGUCCUGAAAUGGAGAGACAUUUUAUGGACUUUAUGCAGGGGUUGUUUGACAAAGAACAUGCAGAGCCAGCACCUGCUCUUGGGGAUGAAGAAGAAUGCUGGUACCUUCCCUUCUUUGGUGUUUAUCACCCGCAAAAGCCAAGCAACAUCAGGGUGGUGUUUGACUCGAGUGCUAAGUUUCAGGGGGUGUCCUUAAACGACGUGCUGCUCACAGGCCCAAACAUGAACAACAGCCUUGUUGGAGUGCUUCUCCGUUUCAGAGAAGAAGCAGUGGCUGUUACAGCGGACAUACAACAAAUGUUCCAUUGUUUUCAUGUGCGAGAGGACCACAGGAACUUCCUCCGGUUUCUUUGGUACCGCAGCAAUGACCCAAGAGAGCCAAUUGUUGAGUACAGAAUGAAAGUGCAUGUGUUUGGCAAUAGCCCAUCCCCGGCCGUUGCAAUUUUUGGUCUGAGAAAUGCAGCACACCAGUCAGGUCCACAGCACUCUCCUGAAGCCAAGCAGUUUGUUCAAAGACACUUCUACGUUGACGACGGACUAAAAUCUGUUCCCACUGAAUCCCAGGCGGUUGAACUCCUCAAAGAGACACAGGAACUGCUUGCUACAUCCAACUUGAGGCUCCAUAAAAUAGCCUCAAACAGCCCAAACGUCAUGAAAGCAUUUCCCACUGAAGACUUAGCAAGUGAGCUCAAGGACAUAGAUUUUAACACCGAAUUCCCUCCGAUGCAGAGGAGUUUAGGCGUAAGCUGGGACAUUGAAAGGGACACUUUCACAUUCAGAGUCUCCCAAACUGAAAAGCCUUACACAAAAAGAGGUGUUCUGUCCACGAUCAACAGUCUUUUUGACCCGCUGGGGUUUGCAGUGCCAGUAAGCAUCCAGGGGAGGGCACUGUUACGGGAACUAACCAAAGAGACUUGUGGGUGGGAUGAAACUCUUCCAGAAGGCAUGUUCAAAGAAUGGUCAGAAUGGAGAAAUGCUCUCAAGCAACUUGAGCAAACUCACAUCCCAAGACAGUACUGCUCCUUCUCUUUCGUAAAUGCAGUGCACAGAGAAAUCUGCAUCUUCUGUGAUGCAUCAACCCAAGCAGUCGCGGCUGUGGCUUACUUAAAGGCAACAAACAAAGAUGGUGAGACCGAGCUUGCAUUCAUAUUUGGAAAAGCCAAACUUGCCCCUAAGCCCGAUCUUACCAUUCCCAGGCUUGAGCUGUGUGCAGCAGUGUUAGCGGUGGAAGUUGGAGAGCUAAUCAGAGAUGAAAUGGACAUUCAGAUCAGUGACAUACGUUUCUUCUCGGACAGCAGAGUCGUUCUUGGCUACAUUUACAAUGAGUCAAGGAGAUUUCAUGUUUUUGUACACAACCGCGUACAUCGCAUCCGACGAGCAACAAAACCAACCCAGUGGAGCUAUGUUCCCUCGGAGUGCAAUCCGGCCGACCACGGGUCCAGAUCUCUACCCGCUGAAAAACUGUUAUCCAGCACAUGGUUGAAGGGGCCAGAGUUUCUCUUAAAGUCCACAGGGAGCAACUCACAUGAUAUGUUCCAUCUUCAAAACCCAGAUGCUGACAUUGAGGUUCGUCCAUUGCUCACUGCUGCUGUCCAAACAUCACACCCCUGUUUAAAGGCUGCAAAUUUAGAGUCUUUCUCCAGCUGGCAGUCACUUACCAGAGCCGUUGCCCGUUUGGCACACAUUGCUUGGACCUUUAAGCAAAAGCAAUCAGGUGGACAAUGUGAGGGAUGGCAUAUGUGUCACAAGCUCACCACCUCAGACUUCGAGCGAGCAACAGAGACUAUCAUAAAAGCAGUCCAACAAGAAAGCUUCUCAGAGGAGUUCAAACAGAUUGAGACAAGAAACGACAUUUCAAAAACUAGCCCCCUCGCAAAGCUUUCUCUUUACAUUGACAUGUCAGGCCUUCUCAGGGUUGGUGGACGCCUCCUUCACUCUAACCUUGACACUGCAGAGAAACACCCUUUGAUAAUGCCACACAAACACCAUGUAACUAACCUGUUAAUCCGCCAUUACCAUGAAAAGGUUAAACACCAAGGGCGUCACCUUACAGAGGGAGCUUUAAGGGCAGCGGGUUACUGGGUCUUAGGUGGUAAACGCCAGAUCAGCAGUCUCAUUUACUUGUGUGUAAUUUGUCGCAAGCUAAGGGGUGUCACACAGUCUCAGAAAAUGGCAGACCUUCCUACAGAGCGCCUUAGUACUGAACCACCAUUCUCUUACGUAGGCACUGACGUGUUUGGACCAUGGUCUGUUACCUCUCGUCGCACUCGGGGUGGGCUUGCUAGCAGCAAACGAUGGGCAGUGAUGUUCACCUGCAUGAGUACAAGGGCGGUUCAUUUAGAGGUCAUAGAGUCUAUGGACACGUCUAGCUUUAUCAAUGCACUCCGCAGGUUCUUCUCCGUUAGGGGACCCGCAAAGCAGUUGAGAUCGGACUGUGGGACCAAUUUUACAGGGGCCUGUAGAGAGCUAGGUUUUGACAACAACAUUCCUGAUGACCCCAAGGUUAAGUCAUUCCUAAACGAUAGUGGAUGCACUUGGGUUUUUAAUCCUCCGCACUCGUCACACAUGGGGGGUAGUUGGGAGCGGAUGAUAGGGGUGGCACGUAGGAUCCUAGACUCCCAGCUAGCUCAACUUGGUUCCAGGCACCUCACGCAUGACGUCCUGACCACCUUCUUGGCAGAGGUAGCCGCCAUCAUCAACGCACGACCACUGGUUCCAGUGUCGAGUGAUCUGGACUUCCCAUUCAUCCUCACUCCAGCCACACUCCUCACACAGAAGAUUGGAGCAGCUUCUGCACCCCAGGGCGACUUUGAGGAGAAGGACCUCUACAGACAGCAGUGGAGAAGAGUCCAAAGUUUGGCCAACUCCUUCUGGCAUCGUUGGCGGAAGGAGUACCUGUCAACGCUGCAAUACCGUCACAAAUGGCAUUUCACCAGACCCAACCUGCAGCAGGGGGAUGUGGUCCUGCUGAAGGAUCCUCUUGUGAAGAGAAACCAAUGGCCAAUGGGAGUGAUUGCAAAGGUUCAUUCUAGCAGAGACGGACUUGUUAGAAAAGUAGAGGUCAAAGUAGUAAAAGAUGGUAAUGCUAAAGUUUACUUCCGACCAGUUACAGAUGUUGUUCUCCUCGUAUCAGAUGGUGUGCAACCGAUUUAGUUAUUGACAUCUUACUGAUGUCAGGCGGGGAGUGUUCUGGCUCCAUAAGAGCCACUUAUAUAUAUUUUUUUUGUGUGUGUUAAAUUUGUUCAUAGAGACUAUUUGUUUCGUUGUGAUGGUUCGGCACUGUCCGUUUAUUUUGGUGGGACACCGGAACUGAUGCUGCCGACCACUUCCUGUCUAACAGAUAGACAACAUUCAACGGCUAAGAUUCUCUUGUACCUGCCACCCUGGGUUUUAAGCCAGCACAGCCUGUAAGUUGCUGAAAUGAUAUAUUUUGCAAAUGUAAGCAUAGUACUAACUGCUACGAUUUGUUUGAGAUAUUUCAUGCCAGUAAUUUAUACAAAAUGUGUUUCAUGAGACGUUAGCACCGACGCUAGUUAGCCGUUCGCUAGCGCUAGCCUGUUAGCCCGUUAGCCUGUUUUAGAUGUGCUCUGCUGUGUAUAGUAGUAGGGAUUCAUUCUUUACAUAUCAGCUUAUACACAAUAUUCUGUUUCUUGUUUACAGUUUUACCAUUCAUUCACUCAUUCAUCAAAAUUCAUGCCAUGCAUCCUGCAAAUAAACAGGCGACAAAAGGAACAACGGUGUGAUUUUUGAGGUGACGGUUAUCUGCCUGCCUAGCUUAGUGCGAGGGCAGGACACUAUCUCAUGAUGACGUGCUGAACUAUUUCACGAUGACAUACAUGCAUUGACCAUGACGCACACACUCCAACGCACACACACUCACGAGCAACACACACACACACACACUAAUACACGUGCUUGAUGUAACUUUAUAAAUAAAGGGACAAGGAACUGCUUCAGCGCGUCUCUGCUACAGCGUUGUCUGAGCAGGGUGCCCUUUGUACAAAGCAGAACCGGUGUUGUCUCUCACUUCUUUGAUUCUGAUCCACAGGUUGGGAGCGGAGAAUCUCCUGACAUUUCCCUGGUCCUUCGAGCCGGAUGGGAGAUCUGGAUUCUAGCCACUGAGUGAUCGACCUGAAGCCUGUCGACAGCUAGCCUCGUAAGAGACUGAGAAAGUCCCAGGACGUGAAUUCGUGUCUGGGCCAGGGUUAUAACUGAUACUCGCCGGCGGAGUUCAGAUCCCCAUCCGAACAACGGAUCGAAUUGAGAAGUAAGACCUGGAGACUGGAUUCUGGUGAAAAUCAUCCAAAGAUCCAAGUGGAGCCAACCUAAGUGGGAGGGCCCAUACCAGGUGCUAUUGACCACACCCACAGCAGCCAAAAUCGCCGAGAGGCCACCUUGGAUUCAUC